AUGCACGUAACGGGCUGUUAUGAUGCCAUUUUGUUAAUAUUUGAGCGCCUUACGGCAUCAUCAACAAGUGAUGGGCCCUUGCAUUUGCUACAUGAUCCUGGCUACGAGUCUUCUGGCCAUGUCCUUCCACUGGAGUUGUCGUCUCAAUCAGUGUUGAAAAACUCCGUUCCAGGUCUUGAUUCAGUAGACACGACUGAGUCUCUCAGCUUGUCAAAUGAGCUUGCUUUGAACUCGUCUACCUACACGGCAUGCGACUCUGCCACCAAUUCAGAUCAGAUUUCGCCAGAUGGCCUCUUGUGUAGCUUAACAAUCAACGAUACUUCAAGCCAACAGGCUCUAACAAUGAAUGACAAAUCAUCAAACGAUCAAAUACACGAUAUAAUCUUCUCACUAUUUCGCUACCUUAUAUUUGGCCUGGCUCAAUGGCUACGCGAAUUUAUACUUUCACUAGCGCAUCGGUUCCGCAACCGUAUCCAACCUCAUAUAGAUGCAUUUUUAACGCGUCAACUCGAAAAAUGGCUGCGUGAUCGUAUUUUAUCACCCGGAUUCCUUGCCUCCUGCAUCCGUUCGCUUACAGCAUCUAUCUUUACAAUUCCUUAA